AGUCAGAUCGAGCUUUUACUACGAGAAGCAUGUCAACACCAACCUCCAGAGAAAACUACUUAUCGUGAGGGCCACUGUCAGUAACAACGCCCUUUGAACGCGGCUCCCAAAGGUUUCCAAGUCCGGCGACGCAAAUGUGAAAGGAUCGCGCAUUUUUCAUCCAAUUUUUUAAAACUUUUGUGCGUUGGAGCGCAGAGCAGCGUCGAGACUGUGCGUUAAAGGGAGCAACCAGACCAUCGAACACAAAAAAUGCCUGAAAUCCUUAUAUAGCAGUGGGUUUUUUUCUCGAGUAGUUGUUUUUUCAGUACGGAGAAAAGGGAAUCGACUUGGAUUUGAUGUUGCAGGCGGUACACGGUGAUACAAUUUGACUGGCCUGGAUAGAAGCUUUUGGGAGGCUGAGAAGACAUCCUUGUGGUUGUGUUGCUGCUGACUGAAUGCAGAGGAGGCAGAGACGCCCGUGACCCAGGGGACAUUGUCCGAUGUGUGUCCAGCUCCUGAAGCCCAUGGCCUGGCCGCGGGGAUGGCAACUUCUGCCCUGAACCUCAGAGUCAUGAACAGCAGUAAUCAGUUCCACGCUCAGCCAGGCUCCUCUAACGGCUCCAGAGCAAGGACCAGUGCUGUGGGUCGACCCGUGCUCCCCGUCCCCGACAGAAGCACCUACUGCCAGUUGCUGGGAGGCCUCUACAGCCCCACCAGCCCGUCCAGUCCCACCAGCCCUACGACAAGUCGUCAAACUCUGGGUCCAACUUUUGUGUUCCCCUCUCCCUCCUCCCCGUCCUCCCUGUGCUUGAGCCCCAGCCCGCCCCGUCGCGCUCGCUCCCCCUCUCCUCGCAGCCCUGAGCUCCUGGGUGUCAAUGUGGGCCAGAGGGUGCGCCGCCUGAGUUCAUCUGGCUGUGAGGACCGAGGGGAGGCAGAGGGGCAGGAGGAGCGCCCAGGGGAGGGGGAGACCCGGGAGGACCGGAGACGCCAGGCACAGCUGCUGCAGAUCCACCGCGAACUGCAGAACGUGGAGGUCAGAGGAAAAGUCGGUAUUUUCGAGGCCCACAUCUCCGGGAUCCGUGCCCAGGUUAACAGCGAACUCCAGCGCAGUCCUCGGUUUCCACGGCGAUCAACUAGCCACGCCCCUUUCCCUCUCAGCCAAUCCCAAAACUCUGCACCCCAAUGCCCAAUGACACACCCACAGGAGAGCAAGGUUCCCUGUGUGGUCCCCAAUGGAAGAGAAAGAGAGGAGGAAGAGGAGAGGAGGCAGGAGAGUUCUGCCAAGUUGCCCACGGAGAACCAAAAUGGACGCAGUACGGAUACAGUUUCGCACAAUUUAUUGCCGGAUGGAGAGAAUAUAGAACGACUUAGAGGGAAGGAUGGAGAGGAGGAUGAACUUCAAGCUAAACGAGAAAGGACAGAGAUAAACAAAAUGGAAAUGCAUGAAAAUGAAACGCAAAUGGAGUUAGUAGAAAGUGGUGUAGCUUCUUUAUCGGACCUGUCAGAUCAAAACCACUCUUUCACCAACAUUCCUCCUAUCCCUGCUGUUAUAAUCACGGACCACGAGGGCCCACUUCCAGCUUCAGAAGGGUUCAGCUCAGACCUGCCAAUGUCCUGCACGCCAAGCCCAGGCUCGAGCCCCAUUCCCGGGCACAACUUCUCCACUCGCUCCCUCAGAAAGCUGUCUUCGUCCUCCACCUCUUCCGCUGGGUUCUCCUCAUCAUGGGAAGAGUCUGAAGAAGACAUCUCCAGUGAUAAUGAGAGGGGGGACCAGCUACUCAACCCGUCUGUGCUCAGUUCUCAGCAGAAAGCACACAAAUCUUGGAAGAAAAUCAAAAACAUGGUCCACUGGUCGCCGUUCGUUAUGUCCUUUAAGAAGAAGUAUCCAUGGAUACAGCUGGCGGGGCAUGCAGGGAGCUUCAAGGCUGGAGCCAAUGGUCGGAUAUUAAAAAAACACUGUGAAUGCGAGCAGCGCUGCCUGUCCCUCCUCAUGAAGGACGUGCUGCGGCCUUACGUGCCCGGUUACCAUGGAGACGUGGAGAAGGACGGUCAGAAGUACAACCAGAUGGAAGAUUUGUUGGCUGAGUUCGACUUCCCAUGUGUCAUGGACUGUAAGAUGGGCGUGAGGACAUAUCUCGAGGAGGAGCUGACCAAAGCUCGCAAGAAGCCUUCUCCAAGACCAGACAUGUACCAGAAAAUGGUUGAGGUGGACCCUAGUGCCCCUACAAUUGAAGAAAACGACCAGAAAGCAGUGACCAAGCCUAGAUACAUGCAGUGGAGAGAAACUAUAAGCUCAACGGCCACUUUGGGUUUCAGGAUAGAAGGAGUCAAGAAAGAGGACGGCACGGUGAACAGAGACUUCAAGAAGACAAAAACGAGAGAGCAAGUGACUUUGGCCUUCCACGAAUUUGCCAAGGGAAAUAAAGACAUUCUGAAACUUUAUCUUGAAAGGCUUAAAGAGAUCAGAGACACACUAGAGAUUUCUCCAUUCUUCAAAACACAUGAGGUCAUUGGCAGCUCCUUGUUGUUUGUCCAUGACAGUAAGGGACGGGCCAAAGUCUGGAUGAUCGAUUUUGGUAAAACUACUCCUCUUCGUGAAGGAGACGAGCUCACACAUCGGGCAACAUGGAUGGAGGGCAACAGAGAAGACGGCUACCUGUAUGGACUUGAUAGUUUGGUGGACAUCAUUUCAAAUAUGGUGGACUCUGAGACAUGAAGAGUAGGGUGUCUUUAUUUUAUUUUAAUUAAGAGAACACUUGCAACCUCUUCCACUAAUUCCUCACGUGUCUUGGGACAAUUGGUUGACUUGGACUUGGUUUUGACUUAAUCGAAUUGGAAAUAUUGACAUCAUUCCCUUAAUAACCAAUGGCCAUUGAUGGAUGCAGUCUCUUCCAUAAGUGUCUGAUAUUUGGAUGUGAUACAUAAUAUAAAAGGAAUAUUUUUGUGAUGCACAAAAUACAGGUCUUGUAUGCUGAAAUGUGCUUGUGUAGGCAGGACAAAUCCGGGUGUAAAGACAGCAAAAAGUCAGUAAGUACAUUUCUAUGCAAUGGCAAGUCAAACUGUAAGAUUAACAUACAAAAUAUAUUUUGUAAAUCUCAAAUUUAGGAUAAUGAUUCUGACCAAGGCUCAAGAAAAAGUACUAGCAUUAUGAUUUCAAUUUUUGUGUUUUGAAACCUAAUUUUUUAAAUAUUGAAAUUGUUUUUUAACACAUUUACUAAAGUAAUGCUUAAUUUGCAUCCUUUUAGCUACAGUUUGCCUUGGCAUUUGCAGUAUACAAAAUAUGCUGAUCACUAGUGACCCUUAAGUUUUAACUACCGAAUGGCAUUUCCUCUGGUAGGAGUUUUAAUUGGAAUUUUAAAGGGGAAAACUUUUAUCUGUUUCCACAUUUGCUAGUACCACUUACUAUGGUGCCCUUUACGCCCCUCCUGUAAUGAGCUAAAGUCUAGUUAACUAUAAAGGAAGUCCUCAUUCCAUAUGUUAGUGUCCCAGGAAAACACUUUUUACACUGUGUUUGAAUUGUUCACAUGUACAGUAGUUACCUGGUUUUGUUUUGUUUUAAUGUUGUACUUAAAUGGAACACUUACAGCCAUGAACAAUGUUAUUUAAGCUAUACAGUGCCUUGUCAAUGCGAAGCCAAGUCAAAAAACUGAAAAUAUUCUAAGGUUUUAGUUGUUUGUUUUUUUUAGUUGAAGGUGCACUAUGUAACUUUUCCAGAUUGUCUUCAUGGAAAUAUUAAUGCUUUGCCUGGAAUGUUCCAUGGAUUAGCAUUUCGCAUUAAACCUAUAUAUCUUUUAUUAUUUAGACAUACAAGUUAGAGACUAUAUAUUUGGAGAGAUGAUCCCACUACGGUAUUUUUGAGCAAUAAAAACACAUGUAAUUGAAUAAAUGUAAGACAUUAACCUUUAAUGUAAUACUGUGGAACAUUUUAGAUAAAACAAUAACAUCUCCUAACAAAUAGUUGAUGGACCCCUCACUAGAAAGUUACAUAGUGCACUUUUAAGUUUAUUCCUGCUGGUUAGUCUUAUGUGAGUGCAUGUUUAUUAUACAUGAAAAUAUGUUUUAAAGUUGUAGUUCAUAGUCUAUUUAUAACAUUAUGUUGUGUUUUAGACAAAGGUUUCUCUGACAUGUGAAUUAUGGACUGUUACAGUGUGUAUAGAGUUAAGCAUGUUUUCUGCAAUGACAGUAAAAAUGCAUCUUAAAAUC